AUGAAGGUCCUUAUCCUCAACGAUAACGCCUUCCGAACCAUCCCAGAAGCCAUCAAGGCACUGGGACGUCUCGAGUGCUUAAAGAUGAAACGGAACAGGCUGAACAACUAUCGGGGCGACCUAGAGCUGAACGUUCCUCCGAGGUUAAAGAUUUUGGACUUGGAAGACAACUACUCAUUGACAUCACUUCCGAAGGGUCUCGAAGACCUUGAAGUGAUAGAGAGUCUUGAUUUCAGUUACUGUGGUGUCGAGUCGCUUCCGGAAUCAAUCGGAAAGUUGUCUUCACUGAAAGAAAUCCAUCUCGCCGGCUGCAAACUGCGCAAACUUCCUGAAAGCAUCGGACGCCUGCUCAAUCUUGAAACUCUCGAUUUGGAAGGAAACGGUCGCCUGUCCAGUUUGCCUCUUUCUCUUCAUCACCUGCGGAAGCUGAGAAAAAAAGAAGCAGGAACAAACCAGGGAUUGGUCCUGGACAACUCUCCUGUAGACUUCCCUGAACCGAAGAUUGUCAAAGAAGGCGUGGUCUCCGUACUCACCGAGCUUCUGGUUGAAGAUAGCCUCAGCUACGUCACAGACACCAUCAUUCAGGAAGUAGCGGACGACACAAUCAUGGAAUCUUUCUCAAUAGAUAUGGCCACCAUCGUUGAAGAGGGGUUAGCUGACGAGCUGAUGUUGGACAUGAUAGACGCGUACGCCGCGAUGGAUGCUGAUGAGCUUUGCUUGGAGGACGUCAUUGAUGACGUCACCCUAUCAUUCCUGAUGGAAAUCCGCCAAGACGUCGUGGACGAGGAACAAGCUGCCCUAUUUUUGACAGAUGAAGACUUGACAACAUUUGAUAUGCGGGUACUCGGUGUUGCAUGGAGGGUGAUGGUAGAGGCGGUGGAGAAAACCAGCCGGUCAAUGAUAAAGGAAAUCGCGACAAGCGCCGUGCUGGAUGCUGCAGAAGGGAUAGUGAUGGAAGAUCUUUUGUUAGAGAUACCAAGCAGGUCAAUGAUGAAGGAAAUCGUACUGGAUGCUGCAGAAGAAGUAGUAAUGGAGGAUCUUCUGUUUGAGGUUACUUCGGCAACUACAAAGUCGAUCGCCUUGGAAGUGGAAGAAGAAUGGCGUUUGGGCCAAACCGUUCCAGACGAAUACGACAAACGAUACAGCUACAAGAUAUCGACAGACUCGACCACCGCACAGUCCGUUGAUCUACCAGCCGGUUGCAACUUGACCAUCCCUCCAGGAGCUUCCGCUGAAGAUUCCGCCAUCAUCUCGGUAGUGUUGAACCCACACGGCUACGCUCAAACGCUCAUGAUCGGAGACAACGAGCAACUGGUCAGCGAUAUCAUCGAGAUGGGGCCAGCGGGGAAGACCUUCUCCAAGCCCAUAAAGCUGAAGAUCCCCCACUCGCUGCCCAAGUUCAACAAGGAACGGGAAUACGCCGUGAUGGUAUCAGACGAUCAGGGGAAGUCGUGGAGUAUGAUGAAGACACUGACCGAGGAAGAUCAAGGUGAAAGGCAUGUGACUGUUGAGGUGACACACUUGUCCACCUAUGCUGUCGUGGCGAGGCCGUUAGAGCAUAGCCACAUUGUAAAGGAAGGAGAAGCAUUGACGCUGACGUCUUCGGAACAGACGGGGAUUGAGGUAUCUCUGCCUGCGGACUCUGUCUCUCCCGGUGAAGAGAUUUCAUUUCAAGUGACGCCAGUUGACAGUGAGGCCUUGAAUUGUGCUGGAAUAAACAACGCUGAACACAUGAGCGGGAUCGACAGUAUGAGUCACAUUGUCAAGGUUAUCAAAGGCAGCAACCUGCUCCUGAAGCAUCCCGCUACCGUCGUACUCCCGCUAUCUCCUGGGAAGGAAGAUAGCCCAGUUCGCGUCCUGAGCUGCAAUGAGAGAGGGGACUGGGAAGACGUCACCGACAAAGUAGAUGAUGUCGUCCUGAAGGAGUCCAAGGUGGCUUUCAAGACAAAGCAGCUUAGUUCUGGUUAUACCGUGAUAUGCUGCAACGAUAGCUCGAAUGCUACAGGAAUCGUCAACCUCGUGGCUAAGAAUGUACGAGCCAGACUAUUGGGGGCCAAUUGA